GGUGGUGUCUGUUGUGGAUCCACAACCUGGAGAGACCAUUGUUGACUGUUGUGUUGCGCCUGGAGGAGAUACUCUAUUCAUGGCAUCACGUUUGAGAGGCCAAGGUGAUCUUCAAUGAAAUCCGAUCCUCCGUAUUGGAUGGGUAUCGUGUAUGCAAUUGACGUAAACAAGGGCCGUUUAAGAAUUCUUGAAGAGACAGCCAAGUCACACAAUGUCAAUGAUGUCAUCACUGUUGUGCAUGCUGACCUUCAUAUUUUUUAUGAAAAGAUAUCCAAGAAGUUUGAUAAAGUUUUGUAGGAUGCUCCUUGUUUUGGAUUGGGUGUCCUCUCCAAGAGAGCGGACUUAUCGUUGGAGCCAGAGAUUAGAGGAUUUGGAACAGUUGACAAAUUUACAAGAUGAGCUCCUUGAUGCAGCUUCAUUAUUAGUGAAGCCUGGAGGGACACUAGUGUACAGUACUUGUUCUAUUGAUCCUGAAGAGAAUGAGGAGAGAGUGUCUGCCUUUCUCCUCAAGCAUCCGUAAUGGUUUUCUUGGAUUGGUUGGCCUGUCUUCUCCUUCUUGGGUUCUAGCCUCUUUUCUGGAAUCAUCAUUAUUCAAAGAGUUCACUAUAGAUCUUGCUGAUAGGUACGUCCCACCUGAUUUUGUUACAGACAAAGGGUUCUUCUUCUCCAACCCAGUCAAACAUCAUCUUGAUGGAUCAUUUGCGGCCCGCCUGGUCCAAUCUGUAGACCGCAAGAUGAACCCUGGGUAAGCAGACCAAGAAUAGUGUAAUUUCUAUUUUCUUGAAAAUUGCUUCAAUUCUCAAUGAGGGCAAAUUUUUUUAGAGCAAUAAAAAAUCAAAGCAUAUUGAGCCACCAAUCUAAUCAUA